ACAGGCAAGCCUGCUGUUGGCGGCGUAACCGGCGCACUGGGUCUCGGAGGCAUGUCGGAUGAGACGCCCGAAGCUCCUAAGCAGGCCGAGGACGGUGGAGCCAUCCUUGACCGUCGCGGGAACGUUAUCAUUAAUACCAAGGCCUGGGAUGCGCCUUAUCCCGGUGCCGAGCAGACUGCUGAAGAAAGGCUGCAACGUGAGCAGGCUGAGCAGGUGAAGGCGAAGAGGAAGGAGGAGACCAAGAAGGACAAGGAGCUUGCCGGCGCGCUAGCCUACAACAUUGAUCAGACCCAAGACAAAAUCCGACCCAUUUGCAAAAUGAUCAACAACGAGAUUAGCAUUGCCGAGGCCCAGCUCGGGAACGAGUAUAGUGAGGAGCACCUCGUCAGGCAAGUCCGGCCUCUGAUUGAGGAGGCCGCUAAGAUUCUAAGCGAUGUCAAUGGUGUCAUCCAAGGUCUUAAUCCCGACAGCCGCCUCCAGAGGAACGCACAGCAGAAGGCGGCGAUCGCCGAGGCUACUCCUGAGGAGUACCAUCUCGCCGAGUUUGUCACUACUACCAUCGAUCGCGCCAGGCACAAGCUCGAGAGCAUGCCUCAUGCCAAGAAGGAGCUCAACCCUCUCUGGGCCCUUCUCGCAGUACCUCUGUUCCAGAUCAUCGCUGCCAUCGAACUCUUGCUCGAUGGUAUGCUUGGCCUGGUUGGCAGAUUGCUGCACGGAGAUGUCAUUAGCUCCUUGACUGGUAGAAAGAAGGAAUAA